GAAGGAGGAAAAGUUGUUUUUCGAUUAGUCGGAGUCUAGUCCACUAACCUAGUGCAACUCGGGUUGUCGUAUCUUUUGUUCGGAAAAAUUUCAGGCAUUACACAUCGAAACUAAAAAUAUUUACAUUCAAUUAAUUCUCAAUGGAUUCAAGUUUCAACAGCGAUCAGUUGGACACCGACCGCAAUGGACUACAAAAUCUUCUGGCCCGAUCUCUCAAGGAACCCAUUCUUGGCAAGCACUUUGCGCUGCCGGGCCGCAUAGGGCAGAGUCCACCCAUCGAACUGGACACCAGCCAGAGCUACAUUGCCGUCUACACUCAUCUCAAAGUUCAUGCAACCAGGAUGCCAGAGAGAUUGCCCACGCCGGAGGCAAUCGGACGAAUACAGGCGGAGAACUUGGAGGCAGCGCCCAAGACUCGAAGUUCAAAGACACGCUUGGAUCCCUGCUCAAAUAUAAAUUAAAUUACGGUUGCCAUCAAUAAAGAAAAUAUUAUUUUAUCUUAUGGUAUCCCUUAAAUGUAGUAAAAGAAUAUUGAAUUUAUUUUUUUAGUUUAUUAAAUAUAUAUGUUCAUAAUCCUUAAAGGCAUAAGCUUAACAACAAAUUCGUGUUGAAUAUAUCCUUCUAUCGGUGCAGAUCUUAGUAUCCUUUUCCUU